ACCCCUAAGUCAGCUGGGUGAGGAAAAGCGCGCCUCGUUGGAAGAGCGGUAAGGGCCUGUAGGCGCGGCGACUCGCCACUCUUCUCCACCUGCCUCGCGUGGUCAACGCAUCCCGGGAGGACAGCCUUGUAGCUUCAGCCACCUGUCUUGCGUGUGGCCCGCGUGGCCAACGUGUCCCUCGAGGACAGCCCUGCCCUCCGCGGCAGCCCGCACCUCCGGGCCCCUAGCCGUGCCCCUAUCCUGCCCUGCCCCUGCCAUGGUCUGCCCCUGCCUUUGCCCUGCCCUGCACCUGCCCUGCCCUGCCCCUCCUCUGGCCUUGCCCUGACCCUGCCUUGCCCCUGGAGCAUGCAGACACCAGUGACGCGCGGGGCUCUGCUACCACCACACACAAGGAAGGACAAGAUGGAGCCCCUGUGUGAGGCUGUGAAGGUGGAGGUGAGUGAGGAGCCAAUAGGCGGCCAGGCUUCAUCCACCUCCCAGCACCCCUCAGGGGUGGACAGAGUGAGCGAUCCCUCCGAGGAUGCUCUCUCCCAGUGUGACGAGAUGGAUAUUAAGGAGGAGGAGAAGGAGGAGGAUGAGCCCAUUGAAGACUUUGACCCAGUCGCUGGCUAUGCUGUCUUUGUCCGUGCGUUGAAACCUAAGCCAAGUAGCACCAGCAACCACUCCGAGGAUGCUCUCUCUAAGUGUGAUGAGAUUGGCAUUAAGGAGGAGAAGAAGGAGGAUGUUUGCAUCAAGGAUGAGCCCAUUGAAGACUUGGACGCAGUCACUGGCUGUACCACCUUUGCCCCUGCACUGAAGUCCAAGCCAAGAAGCAAGAGAGUUGUUGGAAUGCCUCCAAAACGAGAGAGAUACCUAUCCAAGGAGGAUCUAGAACGUUAUGUGAACUCUGAGGACUUCAAUAAAACAGUUGACAUUACAACAGAGGGCAUAAGUGACGAUGGGGGUGCUGAUGAGAGUGUGUGUGGUGAUUUAUCAUCCCCACCCCCAGACCACCCUGUACCCUCUACCUCACGUGCGUCUCCCCAGUUAUCAGAGACAGUCAUAGAGUGUACCAGUGAUCCUAGUGGUGGUGUGAAAGCAGUGAUUACACCGCACAAGGACAAACAAAAGGACGACGGGUGUGAUGAUCCUGACACAGUGAUUGAGUGCUCUCAAAGUGGAGAUGUGUCUGACCUACAAGCUUGUGUUACGGUACGUAAGGAGAUACCCACAACGUCACGACUACGCACCAAACGCCGAUUAUAUGCCUCAACACCACAACUCAAGAAACGUCGAAAUGUGGCCACAGAGGUUUCUGAUGAUUCUGAUCCAGACUACAUACCUGAUGGGUGGGAUGAUUACCAGUUGUCACCAGUAUCUAAUGGUAGUCCUGUGAACCGUACAAUCAUUCAUGACAGAUCAGCAUCCACUUCAACGCUCACCCAGUGUACAUCAGCCACUGCCACGCCCACCCAGGAUACAUCAGCCACUGCCACGCCCACCCAGGGUACAUCAGGCACUGCCACGCCCACCCAGGGUACAUCAGCCACUGCCACGCCCACCCAGGGUACAUCAGGCACUGCCACGCCCACCCAGGGUACAUCAGGCACUGCCACGCCCACCCAGGGUACAUCAGGCACGCCACGCCCACCAGGGUACAUCAGGCACACGCCCACCCAGGGUACAUCAGGCACUGCCACGCCCACCCAGGGUACAUCAGCCACUGCCACGCCCACCCAGGGUACAUCAGGCACUGCCACGCCCACCCAGAGUACAUCAGCCACUGCCACGCCCACCCAGGGGUACAUCAGCCACUGCCACGCCCACCCAGGGUACACUGGCCACUGCCACGCCCACCCAGGGUACAUCAGCCACUGCCACGUCCACCCCUGA